GCCUCCUCCCUCCCAGCCUCCCUCUCCCAGCCAAACUGAAAGCCGGACCCCAGGCCGCCUCCCCGCCGCCUCCCCGCCGCCGCCCGGCCUCCCUGCGGGCGCUCCACCAUGGACAGUCCUGUUUUCACCUUAUAAAGAUGGCGGUGCGGGAUCGCUGCAACCUUUAGACUAAUGACUGUCCGAAACAUCGCCUCCAUCUGUAAUAUGGGCACCAAUGCCUCUGCUCUGGAAAAAGACAUUGGUCCAGAGCAGUUUCCAAUCAAUGAACACUACUUCGGAUUGGUCAACUUUGGGAACACAUGCUACUGUAACUCCGUGCUUCAGGCCUUGUAUUUCUGCCGGCCGUUUCGUGAGAAUGUGCUGGCAUACAAGGCCCAGCAAAAAAAGAAGGAAAACUUGUUGACAUGCCUGGCAGACCUUUUCCACAGCAUUGCCACGCAGAAGAAGAAGGUUGGCGUGAUCCCACCAAAGAAGUUCAUUUCAAGGCUGAGAAAAGAGAAUGAUCUCUUUGAUAACUACAUGCAGCAGGAUGCUCACGAAUUUUUAAAUUAUUUGCUAAACACUAUUGCGGACAUCCUGCAGGAAGAGAAGAAACAAGAGAAACAAAAUGGGAAAUUAAAAAAUGGCAACAUGAACGAGCCUGCAGAGAAUAAUAAACCAGAACUCACUUGGGUCCAUGAGAUUUUUCAGGGAACGCUCACCAAUGAAACUCGAUGCUUGAACUGUGAAACUGUUAGUAGCAAAGAUGAAGAUUUUCUUGACCUUUCUGUCGAUGUGGAGCAGAAUACAUCUAUUACCCACUGUCUAAGAGACUUCAGCAACACAGAAACACUGUGUAGUGAACAGAAAUAUUAUUGUGAAACAUGCUGCAGCAAACAGGAGGCCCAGAAAAGGAUGAGAGUAAAAAAGCUGCCCAUGAUUUUGGCCCUGCACCUAAAGCGGUUCAAGUACAUGGAACAGCUCCACAGGUACACCAAGCUGUCUUACCGGGUGGUCUUCCCGCUGGAACUCCGGCUCUUCAACACCUCUAGCGACGCUGUGAACCUGGACCGCAUGUACGACCUGGUGGCUGUGGUGGUUCACUGUGGCAGUGGUCCUAAUCGUGGGCAUUACAUUACCAUUGUGAAAAGUCAUGGCUUCUGGCUUUUGUUUGAUGACGACAUCGUAGAGAAAAUAGAUGCCCAAGCUAUUGAAGAAUUCUAUGGUCUGACGUCAGAUAUAUCAAAAAAUUCAGAAUCUGGAUAUAUUUUAUUCUAUCAGUCAAGAGAAUAACUUAAAGAACUGUGGGACUAAUUUGAGUGGGGGAAAAUGUUCAAAGCACUAUUACUUGGUUUCUCUGCAGACUUUCUUCUUCCUCAGUGGCUCACCAAUGGUAUUACUCCAAGUCUCAAUGGUCUGGCUGUGUUCGACUCUCUCUCUCUCUCUUUCUCUCUCUCUGUUUUUUACAUGCAGCACUAUUCGUGGUUUUAUUUUAGUCUGAGGUAGAGUUAACUGCAAUCAGAUUGUAGUAAGAUUUAUAUGAAUAACAGUUGCUAACUUUAGGAUUGUGUCAGCUGUGCCACUGGCUAUGUCUGGCUGAAUUAGAAUGACAUUUCCUAUGAAUGUCUGCAGUCUAUUUUGGGUCUUUGCUAAACUUCCUAAAUGGCUUCCAGGGUCUCCUUUCAGAGCAUUCCUUUAACUUGUCCCUGGAAGCAUUGCUACCCAUGUUUAGCUUCUCUGCCUCUUACCUGACAGAAGAAUUGGGUAGAUGUUCACUUUUUAGGGCUGCAACUAUAGCUUUAAGUUUGUGCAAGUGAAAAUGUUUAAGUGAGUAACCUCGAUACUAAAAUCAUCCUCCAGGUGGAACAGGGUUGAAGAGCUGUUCGUGGUGGCCAGCGUCUGCCCUGGGCUGUGCUCGCCUAACCAUUAGAAUUCCCGGGGCAAGGAAGGUAAGGAGCUCAGGGCAGGCAAAGACAAGAGGAGGGAGCAUCUGUGGACAGUGAAACGUUACUUUGCUUAUCUUUCUACCAAAACCAAGUUUCAGGAAAAUAGCUCUUUGUUGUUUGUUUUUAGUGACACUUUCUUCUGUAAGGUCCUGUGACUUUACCUAUCCUUUAUCUGGCACUGCUAAGCUUUCCUAGGUGUGUUUCCAGACCUGCUGGUGUUUCACAGUCUGUGGCCGCAGGGCUGGGACACCAUGGGGACUGCGUCCGGCACAGCUCUCCUUAGCCAGUCAGUACCAACGUCAUUCUCUAUCCAGAAGAACGAAGGCACUGCACCUUUACCAUCAGCAGCAUUGUACAGCCGUUCACUUUUUAACAUUUUAGUCUGUUUACUGAGGCACUGGCAAGUCCUAGGGCUAACAUGGAACCUUCCCUAGAGGGAAUAGUGGAGUUAGCUGGGUAUGAAGGUCAGUCAAAGGACGUGUCAGUGGGUGUGUGAAGGAAGGAACAAAAUGGCGGCAUUUCUUUGACUCUGACUCCUAGAAUGCUUGACGAGACAGUUUUUUGGAAGAACCUCAUCUCACCAUAGUUACUUUUACUUUUUUCACUUUUGUUAUAUAUGUAUUUAUUAGGUCAUUUGAGUAUUGGCACCUUUUAUUAAAAGGGUCUAUGUGGUGUUUUGCUGUUGAGUUCAUUUUUGGUUUCCUACAAAUACUAUGAGUCAUAGACCUUCCUUUGGGAAGUCAGUUGACUUCCAUACACUAUAAUAUACUGUGAACAUAAUAUUUUGUUACCUAAUAAAUCAGCGAACGAACAUGCAAACGUUUGGCAUAAUGUGAACUAAAAUUGAAAUUGAAAAUGUUAGUGGCCAUUUUACAACAAUUAAGAGCAUAGCACUUUAUCUAGAUGAAAACUGGAUUUCUUAUCUUUAAAAUAUCUUGAACUGUUUAUUGCUCAGAACUUAAAUAAGCAUGCCGACACUUCAUCUGUUCAUGCUUGAAGUGAAAUGUUUUACUUUUCACUGGAGAAGAUGAAAACAGGGUGAUCUUCACAUUAUUGUUUUAUACGAGUGACAAAAAUAUAUCUUGCCUUAUUUAGAGGCAAAUUCAUAUUUAUAAAUAUUUUGUCUGUUUUUCCUCCAUGAAACAUAUGCAGUAAUCACUUACCGGGAAGGUGAGUUUUUAUUCUGUUUUUCAGGAGAGAUGCUUUCCAAUUGAUUGAUGUAGGGAACUAUUUGUACCAUAUUAUAACCCAUAUAUUUGACUGCAGGUUGCAAAGUUUAAAAAAAAAAAUGAUGGUUGAUAUCUAAUAUAUUUGGAACUGAUUCUAAGCAAAACUAUUAAAAUUAUCUUUGAAAUGACUCUUGAAGCUAAUUUAUUAGAAAAAAGAUGUUUCAUUUGGAAGCCUAUAGAAGUAAUAUCUACAUGCCACGUCAUAGAUUCAGUACUUUUUUUUCUUUUAAUGUGUAAAGAGUUUUUUUCCAGUGACUUAACUGAAAUAAUUCCUUCUAAUAGAAAGGAUCAGUGAAAAUUCAGUAUUCAGGUAUAGAUUUUUAGAAUUAAAAAAAAAAAAGUAUGGAAGAUAAUGCAAAGACAUAAAUGGUUGUGUGACACAGGAAAAGAAGAUAGGAAAAAGACCAAAAUGCAUUUACCUACCAACACUCCAUCAGUUUUUUAAGCAUUAGAGCUAUCUGGUAAUUUCUUCCCUCUUCCUCUUCCGUUAAUGAAACAAACACUGGGAAGCUACAUUUCCCCCCAGUCAUCUCUGUUUAUGUAAAGACAGCAUGCAAACAUUUUAAAUUUUUUAUCCCUCAUUCAUCACAUAAAGCAGAGAUUGGUAUGGGAUAUGUGAGACCAUUCUGAGGUCAAUAAUAGCACAAAGACUCAACAAUACGCCCUCAAAUGGCCAGUGUUUUUGUGUGUCAUUUUCUGGCAGGAGUGAGUAGGCCUGUGGUAUUUCUUUUAACUGCUGGGUGAUUUAAAAUAAGUUACAGUGUUUUACACUUAAAGAGAAAAAAACAUUUGCUUUAUUGGUUACUUACUAGUUUAGCAUCUAGAUUAUGGUACAGUAUGCUAAAAAGUCAUUUGUUUAAAGGUCAAUUUUGGUAAAAUGCUGAUGUCAGUCCUCAUAUGUUGAUACAUUUUCCAUUCCAAGGCAGUACGAAGUGGCCUGGUUUGGAGAGAGCCAAGGAACAACUCUAGAGGCUGUUGGUUUGAAUAGGAAGCCAGUCGUAUUUGGUGUUAUAGCCUGGGAUAUUUUGUAUUUCAGAUGAAGUGGGGGGGGGGAAAUGACAGAAAUGGCCCCUACGCAUUUAUUUCCAGGGAUGCCCUUAAUCUCAUGGGCCUGCCUGAUAGUGGACUAUGUCCUAACGGGCAUGAGACAUAUUUUAGAUAUUGGAGUGUGGCUUUAUUACAGAUGGAUUUUAUCUUUAGACUUCACGUUUUGCUCCACGUUGUAUAUUCAUGUGUAUUAAAACAUUGUGCACUAAAUGUUUUGCCCUUGUUUGCUGUCAUACGGUCAAGGCAUUUAUUAGCACUGUUGUGAUUCACUCAUGUAAAUGGCAUGGUCAGGGGAAAUUAUUCCCCACUUUUCUGCCUAAUUAAAUCUCUGUUUUCCAGUA